CUUUCAGGUUGUUUUUGAUGAAAACUCUGAACGAAGCGACAGAUAAAAAGAGAGCCGAGCUCUUGGGAAGCAUAGCCGAGAAGCUCGCAGAAGCAGCACAGACACUGGGGUACUCCCUGGAGCGGAGAACCCCGCGCAUGCGGCAGAGGGACAGGAAGGUGGUGACAAAGACCUUUCAUGGUGCAGGCUUGGUUGUUCCAGUAGACAGAAAUGAUGUGGGGUACAGAGAGCUCCCUGAAACAGAUGCUGACCUCAAGAGAAUCUGCAGGGCCGUUGUCGAGGCCGCAAGUGACGAGGAGAGGCUGAAGGCUUUCGCCCCCAUUCAGGAGAUGAUGACCUUCGUGCAGUUCGCCAACGAUGAGUGCGACUAUGGCAUGGGGCUGGAGCUGGGGCUGGACCUCUUCUGCUACGGCUCUGCC